AUGGACCGGGUGAGGGUGGAGAGGCGAGGCAGGAGGCGCGCAGCACUGCCGGGGCUGGCAAGCCGGAAGUGCGCGAUCGGACCGGGUUCAGUUUCCGGUGCGGCGAACGCGGAAGUCCGAAAGCCGAGGCUUUCUUCGGUGGCGGGCUUGCGGCUCGGCGGCAGGAGCGAGAUGGAGGUGGGCGCGGCGGCUGGAAGUGGUCCCGACGGACUCCGGGAGCGGCGAGGCGUGAGCGAGGCUGGGAGGCAGCAGCAGAACCUCGACGUGCGGCCUCGGUCCGGAGCAAACGGGCUUCCGAAACAUUCCUACUGGUUGGAUCUCUGGCUCUUCAUCCUUUUCGACGUGGUGUUUUUUUUCUUUGUAUACUUUUUGCCAUAG